UUGCUGAUAACAUGAUGAAAAGUAUCCGGAGUCAUGUUCCCAGGGCAUCACCAUCAAUCUGAUUCUCUCAAGCUAAGUAUUCACUGUUCCCCCUUCUCACACAGAUGUUGUCCCCACAUGGGUAAGACUGAUUGCAAAAGCUGUUCGUAUAAAUAUUUACAAAGGAGAAGCAGGGACCAAAAAGGACUUGACGUUUUUGAGAAAGAUCGUGUGAUGCAGGCUGGUGGGACAGGAGGAGGCAGACUGAGUGAGGAGAUGCCCUCAAGCCCGGUGCUCCCAUAGAGCUCUGAAGAAAGCUCUGACUGUCAGUCUGUUGCUUUAAACAGAGAUCAGUUGGACCUUAAGGUAUUUCUGAGGGAUUAACAACACUGGCACCCAACGUGUGUAUUUCAUCUGUGCCCAGCUACUGAUGUUGAAGUGAAGCACUCCUUCUGUGAAUGUACCCACUCAUUUCUGUCUGUUUCAGGACAAGACUCUGCCUUUUUGUGCUGCAGCAGUUUCCAAACACUGAUGACAGCUUUGGUAGAGCUCUUUCGGUUCCCCAGUGCCAGCCUCCUGCUGCAGCAAAGAUAUCUGUUAAGAAAAGAAAGGCCACCAGCAGGGAACAGGUGGUAUAUUGCAGCGAAUCAUGGAAGGUGACAGAGAGAGAACGUGCAAGAGGGAGGGGAGGAAAAAAUGAAAAAGAGCAGAACAAAGCUGAAGGAAAGUCCCAUGGAAAGCACUUUUCCCUCCAUUGCUUUUAUAUAGCACAGAGCAAAAUGUUUUGCUGCUUUCCCAGCUCUGAGGUCGGGUAUGGCCCUGCGACGCACUCGCCCAUUGUCCUCCCCACUGUUUGCUUAGAAGGAAUUCAGGAGGGAUUUGCUUUCUCUUGUUUCACAAGCCCCACGUUUCCACGCUGCCCAAAGUGGAUACGCACCAGCUGGCCACGUCCAUCACUGCUGCUGGGACGCGGAAUUCCUGAUUAUACUUAGAGCCACAGAGCCUGCUCCGUCAUUAGCAGGGCAGCUCGACGUGCAGCAGUGGGACCAGGGCCGUGCUGGCCUGGCCCCGUGGUGCCAGGCGCUCUCCGGACCAGAGAUGAGAGAUCUGCUGGUGGUGCCCCUGGGGCACGUCCUCACCCUUGCUGCCCUCAGCCUGGCCGAGACGCUUCAGAAAGCCCCCUUUAUCAGCACUCCUCUGGAAACUGUGGAUGCACUGGUGGAGGAUGUUGCCAAGUUUGUGUGUGUGGUGGAGUCAUACCCAGAGCCAGAGAUCACGUGGACACGCAACAGCAUUCCCAUCAGGCUGUUCGACACCCGGUACAGCAUACAGAGGAACGGGCAGCUGCUGACCAUCCUGAGCGUGGAGGACAGUGAUGACGGGGUGUACUGCUGCACGGCAGACAACGGGGUCGGCGCAGCCGCCCAGAGCUGCGGGGCUCUGCAAGUCAAAAUGCGACCCAAAAUAACCCGACCACCUGUAAAUGUGGAAAUCAUAGAAGGUUUAAAGGCUGUUCUUCCAUGCACUACAAUGGGGAAUCCCAAACCUUCUGUUUCAUGGAUCAAAGGAGAAACAGUAGUAAAGGAGAAUGCGCGCAUUGCUGUUCUUGAUUCAGGGAAUUUGAGGAUCCACAAUGUUCAGAGAGAAGAUGCGGGACAGUAUCGAUGUGUAGCCAAAAACAGCCUGGGCACAGCCUAUUCAAAACCUGCAACAGUGGUCGUGGAACUUUUUGCCAGAAUCCUGAAGGGUCCUGAAUCCCAAAACAUCACCUUUGGCUCCAUGGUGACACUGCGCUGCACAGCAGCAGGUGCUCCAGUUCCCACUGUCACCUGGCUGGAAAACGGGAAAGCUGUUUCUGCAGGGUCUAUAGCAGAAAGUGUGAAGGACAGAGUGGUUGACUCAAGGCUGCAGGUGUAUGUCACCCGACCCGGCCUAUUCACUUGCCUCGCCACCAACAAACACAGCAAAACCUUUGGUGCCGCCAAAGCCGCCGCAACCAUCAGUGUUUCAGAGUGGAGCAAACUGUAUAAGGGUGAUGCAGGCUACUGCAGCACCUACAGAGGCGAGGUCUGCAGUGCCAUCCUGUCAAGGAAUGCUCUUGUUUUCUUCAACUCCUCCUAUGCUGACCCCGAGGAGACCCAAGAGCUGCUUGUUCACACUGCCUGGACAGAGCUGAAAAUGGUGAGUUCGUUCUGCCAGCCGGCCGCCGAGUCCUUGCUGUGUAACUACAUCUUCCAGGAGUGCAAGCCUUCGGGAGGGGGGCCAGCCCCCAAACCCAUAUGCAGAGAGAAUUGCCUUGCUGUAAAGGAUCUCUACUGCUUUAAGGAAUGGCUCUCAAUGGAGGAAAACUCUCAGCGGGGGAUUUACAAGCCGGGGCUGAUGCUGCUCGCUCUUCCCGAGUGCAACAGGCUGCCCAGCCUGCACCAGGAUCCCAGCGCCUGCACCCACAUCCCUUUCUUUGAUUUUAAGAAGCAGAAUAUAACCAGGACUUGCUACAGUGGCAAUGGCCAGUUUUACCAAGGCUGGGCCAACAUCACCGCCUCCGGCAUCCCCUGCCAGAAGUGGAGCGACCAGGCUCCCCACUUACACAGAAGGACUCCUCAGGUCUUCCCCGAGCUGUCUGAUGCUGAGAAUUACUGCCGCAACCCAGGAGGCGAAAAUGAACGUCCCUGGUGCUACACAAGAGACCCAUCCGUCACUUGGGAAUACUGCAGCGUGUCUCCCUGUGGAGAUGCAUCGUUAUCGCUAGGAACAAGAAAACCAAAUGGAGAGACACCAAACCUCCCCCCUCCUUCAUCUUAUUCCCCCACAUACUCCAUGAACAUUAUCAUCUCGAUCAUCUCCAGCAUUGCCCUGAUCGUGAUCCUCAGCAUUAUCACACUUGUUUGCUGCCGUCGCCGAAAGCAGUGGAAAAACAAGAAAAGAGAGACAGAAACACCGACACUCACCACUCUGCCCUCUGAACUCCUCCUGGACCGGCUGCACCCUAACCCCAUGUACCAGCGGAUGCCUCUUCUCCUCAAUCCCAAACUACUCAGCCUGGAGUAUCCCAGGAACAAUAUUGAAUAUGUGAGAGAUAUUGGGGAAGGAGCAUUUGGGAGAGUUUUCCAAGCAAGGGCCCCAGGACUGCUGCCGUAUGAAUCUUUCACAAUGGUGGCAGUGAAAAUGCUGAAGGAGGAAGCAUCAGCGGACAUGCAGGCCGACUUCCAGAGGGAGGCAGCCCUCAUGGCUGAAUUUGACAAUCCAAACAUUGUCAAGCUCUUAGGUGUAUGUGCUGUUGGGAAACCCAUGUGCCUGCUGUUUGAGUACAUGGCCUAUGGUGAUCUCAACGAGUACCUGCGCGACCGCUCGCCCCGCAACCUCUGCAGCCUGGUGCAGAGUGGCCUGGAGGGACGGGCCUGCCUCCCCAAUCCGCUGGCACUAUGCUGCACCAGCCAGCUCUGCAUUGCUAAGCAGGUGGCUGCAGGCAUGGCCUACCUCUCUGAGCGCAAGUUUGUUCAUCGGGACUUGGCCACCAGGAACUGCCUGGUGGGGGAGAACAUGGUGGUCAAAAUUGCUGACUUCGGCCUCUCAAGGAACAUGUAUUCAGCUGAUUACUACAAAGCCAAUGAGAAUGAUGCCAUCCCCAUCCGCUGGAUGCCACCCGAAUCCAUUUUUUACAACCGGUACACCACAGAGUCUGAUGUGUGGGCCUAUGGAGUGGUGCUGUGGGAGAUCUUCUCCUAUGGCAUGCAGCCCUACUAUGGGAUGGCUCAUGAGGAGGUCAUCUACUAUGUGAGGGAUGGGAACAUCCUGUCCUGCCCAGACAAUUGUCCUCUGGAGCUCUACAACCUGAUGCGUCUCUGCUGGAGCAAGCUGCCAGCUGACCGGCCAAGCUUUGCCAGUAUCCACCGCAUCCUGGAGCGCAUGUAUGAGAGGGCCGUGGCCUCCCCACAGGUCUGAGGGAUGUGGUGAGGAGGCCCCCAUGUCUAUCCAACUGCAGGCUCCUGAGCUCAGAGCUCUGAUUUAGAGGGAGGAGAAACACCUUGUUCCUCUACCAAGCAAGGAGUGUGGACUGCACCCCCCUUGGGGUGGACUGUACCUCCUUGAGGUGGACUAUACCUCCCAGAUUAUGGGGAUAGCUCCCAGCCACCAAGCUGGUGCUCCUUGGGUUGGCUGGCGAGCUGGCUGUGCUAGCUCAGGACCUGCUUUAGUCAUUUCCAGGAGCACAGAGUUCCCCAGGCAAAGCAGACCAACCUCUUCCUGGGGGAACUUCCCACCAGUUUUCUCCCUGUUCUUCUGCAUUUAUGCACCUGGCUUUUAACUUCCUUUUCCCUUCCUUACAUGUCUUCAACUACUACUUGUAAAAAAAAGAAAAAAAAAGAUUGCAGAAAUCAAUCCUCUUUUGGAUAUUGCUUACCAUUUUAUUUUCGCAUGCUCACUUCAUUUUGUAGAGGAAGGAUAUUGCUGAAGGCAUAGUCCACUGACUUUUUAACUUUCUGUUUGUUGCUCAUGAACACAACACAGAGGCAAAUCAAGAGCCUGCAGGACCACAAGUGGUAGCCAGUAUGUCAUGUUAAACAAAAUCCUAUCCUAGGAUUUAUAUAUUCAAACGAGGGAAGUCCACAUUGAGGGUCAUUUAAUUUUUGCUAAGAUCUCACCAGAAGUUUCUACAACAAAGCCACUGGUUAUUAGAGGACAAAUUAAUCCUAAAGGCCCAGUCCUGCACCCAGCUAGUCUCUCAGCUGUGUUUAUUUCCCUCUGCCUGCAGCACAGUGCCCACCAUGCUGAGAUCAGGGAAAAACAUAGAUUCAUUCACUCAUAGAAUCACCAAGGUUAGAAAAGA